AUGCGGAAACUUGGCAUCGCGGAGCACGAGCGCUAUUGCAGCUUCAUACUGCCGAAGACAUCCAAGGAUUUCACCUUCGAAGAGACCGUAGGUAAGCUCAAAGGCCUAUUUGGAGCAGCGGAAUCGAUCAUCAGCAAACGCUAUCGAUGCCUCCAAGUAGCGAAAGGACCGACCGAGGAUUUCGUUACCUACACCUGCCGAAUCAAUAAAACAUGCGUUGAGUUCGAGCUGGGAAAUCUCUCGGAAGAGCAAUUUAAGGCUUUGAUUUUCGUCUGCGGUUUGAAGUCGGAGUCCGAUGCAGAGAUCCGAACCCGAUUGUUGGCGCGCAUCGAGGAGAAGACGGAUAUCACUCUCGAGCAGUUGUCUUCCGAAUGCCAACGCCUCUUGAAUCUUCGGCAUGACACUGCGAUGAUCGAGGGAUCCAGAAGCGUAGUGAACGCCAUCAAGCAGCGGUUCCGGAAGCAGCAACGAUCGCGGUACGAGAAUUUUGGUGCAUCAUCUUCGUCGCGUAGUGCAGUGUGUGAAAAAAAAGUGUCACCAAGUCCCUGUUGGAAGUGCGGAGCUAUGCACUACAUAAGGGACUGUGGAUAUAAAGACCACAAGUGCGCGAAGUGUACCCAAUACGGACACAAAGAAGGGUACUGCGAAAGUGAAACAAAGUCCCCACGGAAGCGGGUGAAGAGACGAACGAGAACAGUGACUGUGGACACGAAGACUGUACAAGUCGCUGUAAACAAUGUGAGUGGAAGAAGAAAGUUUGUUCCUGUGUUUUUGAACGGGGUUUCGGUCCGACUACAGUUCGACUCUGCUUCGGACAUCACCGUAGUACCAACUGAGACCUGGAAGCAGUUAGGAAAACCACCAACCAGACCACCGUCAGUGAACGGGAAAACCGCAUCGGGCGAUCCUCUGAAGCUACUUUCGGAGUUCGAUUGCUCGAUCACCGUCAAUGACGUAACGCAAGUGGGAUCGAUCUACGUUGUCGCGCAAGAUCUGCACAUCCUGGGUUUGGAUUUGGUGGAAGCAUUCCAACUCGACUCCGUUCCGAUGAACGUCUUCUGUCGACAGGUAAACAACUCCUCUUCCUCCAACGUCGAGCGGCUCAAGGCCACCUAUCCGCAAGUAUUCAGCACCAGUCUCGGACGGUGCACCAAAGCAACAGUGAAGCUCGACCUCAAGCCAGGACAAAGACCAGCGUUUCGUCCAAAACGUCCCGUGGCGUACGCCAUGUACCAGAUUGUCGAUGAUGAACUGGACCGUCUCGAGCGCUUGCAGAUCAUCACACCAAUCGACUACUCAGAAUGGGCUGCUCCGAUUGUAGUCGUUCGGAAGUCGAACGGCAGUAUCCGAAUUUGCGGUGAUUACUCGACGGGAUUGAACGACGCUCUCCAACCACACAAAUACCCGUUGCCAUUGCCGCAAGACAUCUUCGUCAAACUUGCCAACUGCAAGGUAUUCAGCAUCAUCGACAUGUCGGAAUCGUACCUGCAACUUGAAGUCGACGAACCAACGAGUAAGCUCCUCGCCAUCAACACCCACCGUGGCAUCUACCAAGUCAACCGACUGGCACCCGGAGUAAAAGCUGCGCCGGGAGCGUUCCAACAACUCGUUGACACCAUGUUGGCGGGUCUAAAGCACACUUGCGGUUACAUCGAUGACAUCGUAGUGGGCGGAGAAGAUGAGGAACAGCAUUGGCGAAACCUGAACGCACUUUUCCAGCGUCUGCAAGAGUUCGGGUUCACAGUCCGGUUCGAGAAGUGCUCCUUCGGACGUCAGCAGAUUAAAAAUCUUGGACACUUACUCGACCACCAUGGAGUUCGUCCCGAUCCAGCCAAGAUCGAAGCCAUAAAGCUCAUGCCAGCACCCACGGACGUGUCGGGAGUUCGGUCGUUUCUCGGAGCCGUAAACUUCUACGGGAAAUCCGUACCGAAUAUGCGAGCUCUGCGCUAUUCACUGGACGAACUGCUGAAGACGAGAGUCAAAUUCGUUUGGACGGCGGAGUGUCAGAAGACGAUCGAUAAGUUCAAAACCAUUUUAUCGUCGGACUUGCUCUUGACCCAUUACAAUCCCAAGCAGGAGAUCACGUCAUCAAUCGGCCUGGGAGCGACCAUCAGUCACCGUUUUCCCGAUGGUACAAUCAAAGUCGUCCAGCAUGCUUCGAGAGCCUUGGCACCGGCCGAGCGCAACUACAGUCAAACGGACCAUGAAGGAUUGGCCAUCAUUUAUGCGGUAACCAAGUUCCACCGCAUGAUAUUCGGACGCAAGUUCCUCCUCCAAACCGACCAUCAACCACUACUACGCAUUUUCGGGAGCAAGAAGGGCAUCCCGGUGUAUACUGCCAACCGUCUGCAACGCUAG